AUGGAUAACCCGGCCCCGUCCACUCCUUUAGCCGAGGAAGCAAUCGCUCGAGAUCUGGAAGAGGAUGAAUCUGAAGUCGAACAAACGUCAGACUCUGACGAAUCCACUAUUCGCCAGUUUUCUAUGAUCAACUCCUAUCGCAGGCCGUCCUACGUCAACCCUGGAGCACGGUCAACUUCCAUUUUCUCAUCGAGUGUUCCUGAGCGAGGUCACCAUUUGCAUUUGAGCAAGAAAGAGCGUACAGCAGUACUAGAGGAAGAGCGGAGCUUACUGCGCGAUAAUCAUCUACUUCCCCCAAAACAUCCCAGAAGAGGCAGUGAGGGUGCUGUAGGCGGACUGGGAAGAAGAUCCUCAAUUGCUGCAUUGAGAAAGACACUGAGCAAUGCUGAACGCGGUGCAGUUCCAGGAGAUCAUCUGUACAGGGUGGCUUCUGAGCAGACCGCUCUGCUGAGAGGGGUACCUAGCUUGCCAUAUGGAGGACUGGACACCCCGAAACUCAUUGACCAAACAUGGGAAGAAGCUAUCGCAGCCGGAAAAAUAAAUACCACUUGGCAAAGGGAGGCGAAGGUCAUAGUGAAGUCUUCUGCACCUUUGAUACUGACCUUUCUUCUGCAAUAUUCCCUCCCCGUCGCCAGUAUUUUCACCGUUGGACACAUCGGGAAAACAGAGUUGGGCGCUGUGAGCUUGGCUAGCAUGACCGCAUCGAUAACCGGUUUUGCAGUUUACCAAGGGCUGGCGACUUCUUUGGACACUCUCUGCGCUCAGGCCUAUGGUUCUGGACGUCCCCAUCUAGUUGGAUUGCAGUUACAGCGAAUGCUGUACUUUCUCUGGGUCAUCACGAUACCCAUUUCGCUGGUUUGGGCAUGUGGGCCACAAAUUCUAUCCCUCAUCGUUCCCGAGCAAGAAACCGCACGGCUGGCUGGACUCUAUCUCCGGAUCUUGAUUGCUGGCGCUCCGGGUUACGCUGCCUUUGAGUCUGGAAAGAGAUAUAUGCAGGCACAAGGCCUCUUCAGCGCUACGAUGUACAUUCUGCUCAUUGGCGCGCCCUUCAACGCGCUCAUGAACUGGUUUCUCGUCUGGAAACUCGACUGGGGUUUCGUCGGUGCGCCAAUUGCCGUGGCCCUUACGGAAAACCUCCUUCCUCUUCUUCUCUUCCUGUAUGUCAGAUUCGUGGACGGCUACCAAUGUUGGGGAGGAUUCGAUCGUCGAGCUUUCAAGAACUGGGCACCGAUGAUCAAACUGGCUCUUCCUGGUCUUGUGAUGGUCCUGGCAGAGUUCCUGGCAUUCGAAAUUCUGACCUUGUCCUCCUCCUGGCUUGGCCCAACUGAGCUUGCCGCUCAAAGCGUUCUGGGCUCCAUCACGGGCAUUACGUUCCAGAUCCCCUUCCCGAUGUCGGUCGCGGCUUCAACCCGUAUUGCCAAUCUCAUUGGUGCGACUCUCGCUGUACCGGCAAAGACUGCAGCGAAGGUGGCAAUGGUGUUCGCCUGUAUCAUCGGGGUAUUCAAUAUCACGCUCCUGUCCACGCUAAGGAACUUCAUUCCCAGGCUUUUCACUCCCGAUGAGGAGGUGGUUGACUUGGUAGCACACCUUCUACCUCUGUGUGCUGCGUUUCAGCUUUUUGAUGCUCUGGCUGCUGUAUGCAAUGGAAUUCUCAGAGGUCUUGGCCGACAGGAGAUUGGUGGGUAUGUCGGAUUGUUCGCCUAUUACAUUGUGGGUAUACCCAUAAGUUUCGGUACUGGAUUCGGUGCAGGUUGGGGCCUGUAUGGGCUAUGGAGUGGACCUGCUAUCGCGUUGGGCGUAGUCGCUGCUAUUGAAGGAUUGUUCAUCUAUUCGACGAGCUGGGAGCGAGCAGUCAGGGAUGCGGAGAGGCGGAACAUUCAGGGUUGA